UUUCAGUAGAGACGGGGUUUCACCAUGUUGGCCAGGCUGGUCUCAAACUCCUGACCUCAGGUGAUCCACCUGCCUUGGCCUCUCAAAGUGCCGGGAUUACAGGUGUGAGCCACUGCGCCCAGCCUGAUUUCACUUUCAAGAAAUGAUUGUCCUGUCCCCACUUUACCUGUUCAGAUAAAGGGACUCUGAGGAGUUCCCUUGCACCCAGGAUAUAGCCUUUAUCCUGUAUAAAGGAUAAGAAGAUAAAGACAGAGGCUUUUCCUUCUCUAUGGAGUAGACACAGGAGUUCAAGUUUGUCUCCCAGAGUGUUCCAUCAGGGCAAAAAUUUCUGGAAUAUGAGGUCUAGCAGAGACUGUUCUUUCUCUGGGCCCAGUAAGAAGGUACUCUGAAAUUGGUGGUGAGCCAGAAUUUAACCAUAGACAAACAGAUCUUUUUGCUAACACUUACUAAAGACAAAACACCUUGGGAAUUCAGAUACAGGAGAAUCUUUUAUGGCAUUUUAAAAUAGCCCUGCCGUCCACUCCUCCCCUAACUUCUGACAAAUCACUUUAGAUUACCGAAUAAAAAAUUAAGGAAGAGCAUCUAUUUCAGAUGCAGAACAAACAAAUCUUAAGAUAUUUCUUGAAUACCAUUUAAAUUUAGAGUAAGGAAAAAGUAUGCAUCUGUCCUCUAUGUUUGAUGCUUACCUCUUGUCUUUUAGCUACUAUACACUGAAUAAGUGACCCAGGGAAAUAUAAGGAACUAAUUUUGAAUAGUUUUAUUUUCAAAAGUAAGAAUCUGGGUUUCUAAGGAAAAUGAGUUAUUUUUAAUAUCCAUAUAUACACUUUUGUUUUAUAGCAAUUAAAUACCCACAUCAGGUAAACUCUGCCCAAGGUUGCCCUAUAUUUUUGGGUCCCCAGAGAGUUUUUGGUGGUUUUUUUUGUUUGUUUUUUUUUUUAGUUAUUAUUGCUUACUCGUGUUUCUUUUUGUUUUUGCAGUUUUGUUUUUCAGCUAGGGAAGUUGUGAAUUUUCUGCCUUAGCAGGACAGACUCUAACCUUAGGAUACUAGACUAACACUUUUUGUUUUGCAACUGCAAUUAGUAAAAUACAUUUUCUCCACUUAUUCUGUAAUUUUUUGGGGGGUGGGGGACAGAGUCUUACUCUGUCACCCAGCUGGAGUGCAGCAGUGCAAUCUCGGCUUACUGCAACCUCCGUCUCCCGGGUUCAAGCAAUUCUCCUGCCUAAGCCCCCCAAGUAGCUAGGAUUACAGGCACCCACCACCAUGUGUGGCUAAUUUUUUUGUAUUUUUAGUAGAGACGGAGUUUCACCACGUGGCCAGGCUGGCCUUGAACUCCUGACCUCAGGUGAUCCACCCGCCUCAGCCUCCCAAAGUGCUGAGAUUACAGGCGUGAGCCACCGCGCCUGUCCUGUUCUGUAAUUUUUAAAGAUUCUGACUUCACUUGGGUAAGGAGGGGGCAAAAUUACCUUUGACGAAAUAAUGCUUCAACAAUAGCCCUCCCAGGGAACUUAGGCACACAUGUCUCUCACCUCCACUGGGAAUUACUUUAUGUUUGGUGACAAAGACCCCAUGGUAGUUUGCAAGGCCAAACAGUAUAAAGAGUCAUCCAUCCUGUUCUCUUUUCUUCCUCUUUAUGCACAGCCCCCUUCUUUCUUUCUUCUCUCUAAUGUCUUUCUUCUUCUGUCUUGCUCCUUCUCCCUCUUUCUCCCCACCCACUCUUCUUUCAUUUCCUCCUUUUGCCACUCCACAGCCUAGGCUGGCAUGCUUCCCUGAUUCCCCGAUGCCUACCAAAUGCUAUGUUCCAGAAAAAUUCUCCUGCUUCACAUCAGCCCAGGGUUUGUUACUCAACACUCAAUAGAAUCAAAGGAGUGGAAGAAUCCCAGCGGAGGAGGGGCCGUGGCUAGGUCUAUGUGAAUUCCCUUCUACCCAGCUUCCGUUCCAGGUUCUCCAGGCUCUCCCAGUUCUAUAGGAUAAUAAUGGCAUUGCUUCAACUCUGUCUAGUACUUCAAAAAAAGCCUGGAAGAUAUUGUAUAUUUAACCUCAAUAAAGCCUGACCAAGUUAACUAAAAUAAUGGAAGGUUUCUUUCCUUUUUGGGGAGAGUGGAGGCCUGGAAGGUAGGGGAGGUCAUGCAGCACCAACUCAUUGUGAAGACUUCAUCUCAUAUUAAGAAGUUCUGUGGAGUGUGUCCGGGCUAGCGGCCUGGGUUGGGCUUUGUAGCUGCUCCGCGGGCCCAGCCCGGGCUGUGCUCGCAGAGUCCUAGCCGGUGCACGGCCUCCUGCCUCCUCCCUCCUCGGUGGCCGCGGCCUGCCAGCCUCCGCGGUGCCCGCCUUCGCUCUCAGGUUGAGGAGCUCAAGCUCGGAAAAAUGGUGUGCAUUCCUUGUAUCGUCAUUCCAGUUCUGCUCUGGAUCUACAAAAAAUUCCUAGAGCCAUACAUACACCCUCUGGUUUCCCCCUUCGUUAGUUGUAUAUGGCCUAAGAAAGCAAUACAAGAAUCCAAUGAUACAAACAAAGGCAAAGUGGACUGUAAGGGUGCAGACAUGAAUGGAUUACCAACAAAAGGACCAACGGAAAUCUCUGAUAAAAAAAGCAGUUUUCCUAAAGGACCUCAUCAUUUAAAAAAUGGACCUGAUAAUAUGAAGCAUCUUCCUUGUAAUUGUCUCUGACCUUUUUAUCUGAGACCGGAAUUCAAGAUAGGAGUCUAGAUAUUUACCUGAUACUAAUCAGGAAAUACAUGAUAUCUGUAUUUAAAAUGUAGUUAGUUAUAUUUAA